AGCCAUCGGGAGGGGAGCUGCCAGGGAGGCUGGGCGUCCAGCUUUGUUCCUUCUGCCCCUCUUCUGGACCCCGGGGGCCUCUUCUCGGAACCCCACUGAGCCCCUGGUCAAAGGGCGUCCCCUCCCUGAGUCCUUUCCUCAGCGGGGCGUGGGCCGGUGCAAAUGAAAAGUGGCUUGGGGGCUGGGAGACCCCCAUGUGCUCCAGGGGGGGCUGGGGAAGGGCCGAUCUGCCGCGUGACCCCGGGCCAGGCCCGUCUUCCUCCCCCAGCCUCGGUUUCCCGCUCCGCUGGGGCGGGGCUGGAGGUCGCUGCAGGCCGCCCCGCCCCGCCUGGAGGAAUCUGGCAGGACGACCCGUCGGUCCCAGGCGGCGGCGACGGUGCUUGAAAGAGAAGAAAACUGUCUCCCUGGCCGGGGGCCAGCGUCCCAGCCCCCUCGCCGCCGCCGCGCCGCGCUCCAGCGGGGAAAACAACUGCUCGCUUCUCCCGGCGUCCGCCCCGCGCGCUCCCCGCUUCCCGGAGCCCGCGGGAGCCCAGCGCCCGCCCGGGGGGAGGCGCGGAGCCGGCCGGCCGCGCGGCCUUCCUCCCCCUCGCUCCUCCUCUCCGCCCCAACUUGCUCGGGCCUCCUCCUCGCUCCCGCCCCAGUUUGGGGCCUUCGCAGGCCCCCGGCCGCCGCGCGUGGCUGCGCUGCUUCCCGGGGCGACGGGAGUCCCGGGGCUCCCCGCGGUCCAGGCUCCAUCUCUUGGCCUCUCCCCGGGCGCCCCCCGCCCGCCUCGGGCCCCUCUCCCUCGCUGCCCCCCCUGCACCCCUCUGCCGGGGCUCGGGGCUGCCGAGCCCCCUUCGGGUGCCGGGACCAUAGCCCCCGCCCGGGCGCGCCCCGCUGCGGUCCGGUGGCCCCGGAUGCCCGGACCCCGCGGGGCUGCUGGCGGCCUGGCCCCUGAGAUGCGCGGGGCGGGGGCGGCGGGGCUGCGGGCGCUGCUGCUGCUGCUGCUGCUGCUGCUGGGCCCGGGCGGCGGGGUCCAGGGGGGGCCGGCCGGGGAGCGGGGCGCCGGCGGGGGCGGGGCGCUGGCCCGCGAGCGCUUCAAGGUGGUCUUUGCGCCGGUGAUCUGCAAGCGGACCUGUCUCAAGGGCCAGUGUCGGGACAGCUGUCAGCAGGGUUCCAACAUGACGCUCAUCGGGGAGAACGGCCACAGCACAGACACGCUCACGGGCUCGGGCUUCCGCGUGGUGGUGUGCCCUCUGCCCUGCAUGAACGGCGGCCAGUGCUCCUCCCGAAACCAGUGCCUCUGCCCCCCGGAUUUCACGGGCCGCUUCUGCCAGGUGCCGGCCGGUGGGGCCGGCGGAGCAGCCGGCAGCUCGGGCCCCGGGCUGGGCCGGGCUGGGGCCCUGCCCGCCGGCGCGCUGCCGCCCCUGGCCCCUGAGGGCGAGUCGGUGGCCAGCAAGCACGCCAUCUACGCCGUCCAGGUGAUCGCGGACCCGCCCGGGCCCGGGGAGGGGCCCCCUGCCCAGCAUGCGGCCUUCCUGGUGCCCCUCGGGCCGGGACAGAUCUCGGCGGAAGUGCAGGCCCCGCCCCCCGUGGUGAACGUGCGCGUCCACCACCCGCCCGAGGCCUCGGUCCAGGUGCACCGCAUCGAGGGGCUGAACGCCGAGGGCCCCGGCCCCUCACAGCACCUGCUGCCGCACCCCAAGCCCCCGCACCCUCGGCCACCCACCCAAAAGCCCCUGGGCCGCUGCUUCCAGGACACGCUGCCCAAGCAGCCCUGCGGCAGCAACCCCCUCCCCGGCCUCACCAAGCAGGAAGACUGCUGCGGAAGCAUCGGCACCGCCUGGGGCCAAAGCAAGUGCCACAAGUGCCCCCAGCUGCAGUACACAGGCGUGCAGAAGCCCGGGCCCAUGCGUGGGGAGGUGGGCGCCGACUGCCCCCAGGGCUACAAGAGGCUCAACAGCACGCACUGCCAGGACAUCAACGAGUGUGCGAUGCCUGGGAUGUGUCGCCAUGGUGACUGCCUCAACAACCCUGGCUCCUAUCGCUGUGUCUGCCCACCUGGUCACAGUCUGGGCCCCUCGCGCACACAGUGCAUUGCGGACAAGCUGGAGGAGAAGAGUCUGUGUUUCCGCCUGGUGAGCCCCGAGCACCAGUGCCAGCACCCGCUGACCACGCGCCUCACCCGUCAGCUCUGCUGCUGCAGUGUUGGCAAGGCCUGGGGUGCACGGUGCCAGCGCUGCCCGGCUGAUGGCACUGUUGCCUUCAAGGAGAUCUGCCCGGCUGGGAAGGGGUACCACAUCCUCACCUCCCACCAGACGCUCACCAUUCAGGGCGAAAGUGACUUCUCCCUCUUCCUGCACCCCGAUGGGCCACCCAAGCCCCAGCAGCUGCCUGAGAGCUCCAGCCGGCUGCCACCACCCGAGGACGCUGGGGAAGAGAGAGGGGUAACCACGGACUCACCAGUGAGUGAGGAGCGGCCAGCCCAGCAGAGCCCCCCGACCACCACCACGCCUCCUGCCCGGCCCUACCCCGAGCUGAUCUCCCGCCCCUCGCCGCCCACCGUGCGCUGGUUCCUGCCGGACUUGCCCCCCUCCCGAAGUGCCGUGGAGAUCGCCCCCACGCAGGUCACAGAGACGGACGAGUGCCGACUGAACCAGAACAUCUGUGGCCACGGCGAGUGUGUCCCGGGCCCUUCGGACUACUCCUGUCACUGCAACCCGGGCUACCGGUCGCAUCCGCAGCACCGCUACUGCGUGGACGUGAACGAGUGCGAGGCGGAGCCGUGCGGCGCCGGGCGGGGCAUCUGCAUGAACACCGGCGGCUCCUACAACUGCCACUGCAACCGCGGCUACCGCCUGCACGUCGGCGCAGGGGGGCGCUCGUGCGUGGACCUGAACGAGUGCGCCAAGCCUCACCUGUGCGGCGACGGCGGCUUCUGCCUCAACUUCCCCGGUCACUACAAGUGCAACUGCUACUCCGGCUACCGUCUCAAGACCUCCCGGCCGCCCGUCUGCGAAGACAUCGACGAGUGCCGGGACCCCAGCUCCUGCCCAGAUGGCAAAUGCGAGAACAAACCCGGGAGCUUCAAGUGCAUCGCCUGUCAGCCUGGCUACCGCAGCCAAGGGGGCGGGGCAUGCCGCGACUUGAACGAGUGCGCCGAAGGCAGUCCCUGCGCGCCGGGCUGGUGCGAGAACCUGCCGGGCUCCUUCCGCUGCACGUGCGCCCAGGGCUACGAGCCCGCGCCAGACGGCCGCAGCUGCCAGGACGUGGACGAGUGUGAGGCUGGAGACGUGUGUGACAAUGGCAUCUGCACCAACACGCUGGGCUCCUUUCAGUGUCAGUGCCUCUCUGGCUACCACCUGUCCAGGGACCGGAGCCGCUGCGAGGACAUUGAUGAGUGUGACUUCCCCGCGGCCUGUAUUGGGGGCGACUGUGUCAACACCAAUGGCUCCUACCGCUGUCUCUGCCCCCAGGGGCACCGGCUGGUGGGCGGCAGGAAGUGCCAAGACAUAGACGAGUGCAGCCAGGACCCGGGCCUGUGCCUUCCCCACGGGGCCUGCGAGAACCUGCAGGGCUCCUAUGUGUGCGUCUGUGAUGAGGGCUUCACGCCCGCCCCGGACCAGCACAGCUGUGAGGAGGUGGAGCAGCCCCACCACAAGAAGGAGUGCUACCUUAACUUCGAUGACACGGUGUUUUGCGACAGCGUACUGGCCACCAACGUCACCCAGCAGGAGUGCUGCUGCUCGCUGGGGGCCGGCUGGGGGGACCACUGCGAGAUCUAUCCCUGUCCGGUCUACAGUUCAGCCGAGUUCCACAGCCUCUGCCCCGACGGGAAGGGCUACACCCAGGACAACAACAUUGUCAACUACGGCCUCCCGGCCCACCGCGAUAUCGACGAGUGCAUGUUGUUCGGGACGGAGAUCUGCAAGGAGGGCAAGUGCGUGAACACGCAGCCCGGCUAUGAGUGCUACUGCAAGCAGGGCUUCUACUACGACGGGAACCUGCUGGAGUGCGUGGACGUGGACGAGUGUCUAGACGAAUCCAACUGCCGGAACGGAGUGUGUGAGAACACGCGCGGCGGCUACCGCUGCGCCUGCACGCCCCCGGCCGAGUACAGCCCAGCUCAGCGCCAGUGCCUGAGCCCUGAGGAGAUGGACGUGGACGAGUGCCAGGACCCGGCAGCCUGCCGCCCUGGCCGCUGCGUCAACCUGCCGGGCUCCUACCGCUGCGAGUGUCGCCCGCCCUGGGUGCCCGGGCCCUCCGGCCGCGACUGCCAACUCCCAGAGAGCCCGGCCGAGCGCGCUCCGGAGCGGCGCGACGUGUGCUGGGGCCAGCGCGGAGAGGACGGCAUGUGUGCAGGGCCUCUGGCCGGGCCCGCCCUCACCUUCGACGACUGCUGUUGUCGUCAAGGCCGCGGCUGGGGCGCCCAGUGUCGCCCGUGCCCGCCUCGCGGAGCCGGGCCCCAGUGCCCGACGUCGCAGAGCGAGAGCAAUUCCUUCUGGGAUACCAGCCCCUUGCUGCUAGGAAAGGCCCCGCGGGACGAGGACAGCUCAGAGGAGGACUCCGACGAGUGCCGCUGCGUGAGCGGCCGCUGCGUGCCGCGGCCCGGCGGCGCCGUAUGCGAGUGCCCGGGUGGCUUCCAGCUCGACGCCUCCCGCGCGCGCUGCGUCGACAUCGACGAGUGCCGGGAGCUGAACCAGCGUGGGCUGCUGUGCAAGAGCGAGCGGUGCGUGAACACAAGUGGCUCCUUCCGCUGCGUCUGCAAAGCCGGCUUCGCGCGCAGCCGCCCGCACGGGGCCUGCGUGCCCCAGCGCAGCCGCUGAUGCUGCGUUCAGCUUGGACCUCGGCGAUCACCCCGCGGUUCCCGCUGGCGCUCGGGGAGUGCUUGGCCUCUUGCUCCUGCCCCGACGCACGGCUCGGACCCAGGGACCAUCCAGGGGCCUGCAGACCCCCUCCCGCGCUCC